AACCGGUUGUCCGGUCAUCGAAGGCUUAUUUGGGCUGAGAGUGACACACCGGAGUUGGCCCAUUUUGAAGCAUGAAUUGUUCAUAAUAAUUGGUUAUGUAUUUUUAUAUAUAUAUUAGAGGAUAGAUGUAUUGGUAUACCUCAUUUUUGCUGAGGUAGGCUAUAUCCAGGAAAUUCCAAAUCUCAUUGAAUGCAUAUUUUGGGUUGAGGAUGUGGCACUGAUGUAUAAAUAAAUACAGUUGCAUUAUAUUGCAAAAUUAAUGGACAACCUUGCCACCGAAAAGCAAAACUAUUAUAGGAGAGCCUAAACAUGUAGGGAAUCGAGCAAAACAUUGGUGAUGACCUGUUAUGUGAAAACCUUUACCUUUUACUCCUUUACCUCACGGUAGGCUUCACUGUGGUCGUAUUUAUUUUUUUUCAGUUGUCUUUCUUAAAAAUAGCAAGCUAAAGGAAACACUCCCGCAGUUUUACGUGUACAGUUCGUCACGAGUCCACAUAAAAAAAAAGAAGCGAUUAGGCUCGUGAGCCCUGGCGGCGGAAGGCGGUCGGUUCAGGCUCGUGCGCCCUGGCGGCGGAAGGCGUUCGGUUCCGUGCCAGUUUGCGCUGUCAGGGAAUUCCGGGGACGUGCGGUGACGUCAGAAGAGGCGUGCCUUUGUGUGUGUGCGGAGGCUCCGCCGUGUGUGUGUGUGUGUGUGUGUGUGUGUGUGUGUGCCUCUGUCCCUUUAAAAAAAACAGCUCGGCGCAAUAUGAUCCCUGCCGUCCUGGCUUCUGUGUGUGUGUGAGAGAAGGGAGCGAGCGAGCUAGAGCGAGAGAGAGGGACGGAGAGAAUAGACGGAACUGUAAGAAAGGAAACCCGAAGACUCGAAUAAACCAAACGGAAUAAUGAACUUAAACCCUCUUCAUGUCGCGAGUCGGCUUUGGAUUUUGAAGAAGACCUUACCGGAGUGACAUCUAAAACUUGGAAGUUGUGUGUGUGAGACGGGAUUAGUGGCUUUUAUUCCGCCGGUUGGUCGGGAAUCUAUCUGCAGACCGACGGGUUCAGUGGCGCUCGUCGGACACCAGGAAAGGAUCGUAUUUACGCCCAUACCUUUAACACAACGGUGUUUCUAUAGAUUGAUAUACCUUUGAUCGCUUUGAGGACGAACGGCGUAGCUCACUUCUUGCGUUUAACGGGUUGGAGAGACCCCAGGGAGAUGACUGACACCCGAAGCUGAGCCCCCGCACUGCUGUCAAUCAAAAACCUGCUGCUACUCCAAAAGGUCUUCAGGGUCCUUGGUGCUGUAGAAGUAGUGGGAGGCUACCGGCAGACUCUCUGGGCAUUAGUGUGAAGCCUCUUCUCUGCUGCAGUGGAGGGCUUCACGCAGACGGCUAGUCUGGCUGGAUGCAUCACGCGGUAGAGCAAUUUGGCGGGCGUGGCACACGGGAGCCCUUCCCUCUGGACGGACUCAACAGGGGGCCAUGGGCUCCCGUCGGCAGCCGCCCCUGGCCGCCGCCCACCAGGUGUUCACCUGGAAUGAGCCAACACCAGCUCCUCCCCCAUCUACCUCUCGGUCCAAUGGGCGGACUGAACCACCCGAAAUAUUUCAAUAAUGGACCCAUGCCGGUGCGGGGAGGAGACAAACUCGACCUCCCCCAACACGCCUCGCUGCCGGGCAUGCAGCGGGAGCAGCCGAGAGCCCCUCCGCCUCACCCCGCGCACCACCACCACCCCCACCCCCACCCCCCGCCGCCGCACAGGGGGUGGGAGCAGCUCGGCCAGCUCUACGACCCCCACCCGCCCCCGUCACAAGGGGGGCCCACGCCCGGGGACCACACCCUGCGACUGCAUGCUGGUGGGGGUGGAGGAGGAAGUGGAGGGGGAUGCUAUGCUAACAACGGUGGUGGUGGGGGCGGUGGUGGUCCUCCUCCACCCAACCCCCACCUCCCCCCGGGCAGAGUGGGCCAACUGCUGAAGUUCGGGGGGCCUCAGGAGCCCCAUGUCCCCAGGGCCCCUCAACCACUGGGGGAGGAGAUGUGGGCUCAGGUGCAGCAGCAGCAGAGAGGAGGGGGCUACCCCGUGAAGAUGGUGGGGGGCCAGCUGAAGAGACCGGGCCCUCCAAUGGGCGGGGAGCACUCUGUCAUCCAGCACACCCCCGCUCUACACCCCGCCUCCCGGCCCAGCCCCGAACAGGACUGCUCCGCCAGCCCCAAGAGGAAGAAGAGACCCGACCAGGUUCCCAACGGGGGGGUCCAGCGGUUCCCCGGGCCCCCGGCGGCCCCCCAGUCUCUCCACCCUCAGGCGGCGUCCCAGGGCCACUACCCUCCCCCUAAGCCGGCCUUCUGGAACCCCGUCGCCAAGGGCAACGCGCCCUGGCAGCCCCAGACCGCCGAGCGCAAGAGCCUGGCUCCGCACGAGUUCCAGGCGCGGACGGAAACCAAGAAGCCAGGCGGCUACGGCCACAAGCCCCCCGCCCCCGCCUCUGCCUCCACUCAUUCCACGCUCUCCCCCUCCCUGGGGGGUUACCACCCCGGCCCCCAGAAGACGGGCUAUCACCACCACUCCCACCACCUCCAACAACAGCAGCAACAACAACAGCAACAACAGCAACAACAACAACCACAGCCACCGGUGGUGAACCAGUCCCCCCACUCCUCGUACCCCCAGCCCGGGAGCGCCAAACCGGCCCCCGCCCCGCCCCGCCACCCCUCCCUGGAGCCCCACAGGGGCCACCAGGGGGCCUCCCACGCUCAGUCCCACCAUACGCCACCCAGGGGUGCCAGGGAACCAGCCCCGCCGCCCCGGUCUUCACCAGCCAACCCCCCAGCCGCGACCAGCAGCAGCGUGCCUUACAGUCACUUCCAGCCUCACGCGGGGCUGGGGCACCCGGGCCCCCCCGCGCCCUCCCCCCAGCCCACCAGCAGCACCGCCGUACCUCAGCAGCAACCCGGCACCGCCCGCGACGACUGGAAGUACCAGGGCCGGGCGGGCAGCCACUCGCUGGAGGCGGGACUCUACAGGUCCACCCAGAUCCUACCUCAGGGCCAACAGAGCCACGCCCCCUCGCUGCACCACUCCCACUCCCACCCCUUACACCACCACGUCAGCCCCCCUCUAGUGAACCCCACCCGUACCCCUGUGAUCACCCCCAACCCCCCCGCCCCUCAGCCCUCCUUCUCCGUCGGUGGCUACGGCAACAACAACAACCACAACAACAGUGGUAGCGUCAUCGGCGGCCGACCCCCCGGGGCUGUUUCCACGGCAACCACAGGGAGCUGCUUGGUCAGGAACGGCGGAGGAGGAGGAGGCGGCGUCGGCGAUGUACUCUGGCAACGAGAGCGGGCGCCGGCACCGCAGACCCCCAACCCCGCCCCCGCCCCCAACACCUUCCAGCGGGACGCCCUGCUGCAGUCGAGCUAUCAGGGAACCCAGGCUGGCUCCGCCCAGCACCACCACCACCACCACCACCACCCACAGCACCACCACCCACAGCAGAGGGUGGUGCACCGACCACAGCAUCAGGGAGCUCCCAGCGCCGCGCCCCCGCCGCCGCCCCCGCCCACACAGGGCGAGAGCGCCUACUACCGACGGACCACAAAGGCGGAGCAGCACGGCACGCCCAAACCUCCACCCCCCCCGCCGCCGCCGCCGCCGUCGUCCUCCGUGUCCUCGCCGGCGCUCUCCUCCUCCCUGUUCUCAGGUUUCCAGCGGGCGGGGGAGAGCGUGAUCACCAGCAGACCCUCGUCAGUCCUCCCUCCCUCCUCUGGUUCCCUCAGCUCCUACACUCCCGUGGCUCCGUCGGGCCCCCACCACCACCACCACCACCAGCACCACCACGCCGCUGCUGCUGCCCGACACGCCCACCCCGGCCUCCCCAGAGUGGGGCACCAGCCAGGCUCCACCCCCCAGGGCACCGGCCAGGCCCGAGGCCAGCCCCAGCUGUGUGCUCCGGUGCCGGCCUCGCAGUCCAUCGAGGAGGCCCUGGACAAACUGGACGCCGAGCUGGAGGGCCACAUGCAGGCGGAGGAGACGAGGAAGAGGGCCAGGGAGGAGGAGGAGGAGACGGAGAGGAAGAGGCGAGAGGAGGAGUGUCAGAAGAGGCGGGAGUGGGAGAGGCAACAGGAGGACAAGAGGAAGAAGGAGGAGGAGGAGGAGAGGAAGAGGCGAGAGCUGGAGAGGCAGGAGAGGAAGAGGAGGGAGCUGGAGAGGCAGGAGAGGAAGAGGAGGGAGCUGGAGAGGAAGGAGGAGGAGGAGUGCAAGAGGAGAGAAUGGGAGCGGCUGGAAGAGGAGAGGAAGAAGCAGGAGGAGAAGAAACGGCAGAGGGAGUGGGAGAGGAAGGAGGAGGAGAAACGCCAGAGGGAGAGACAGGAGGAGGAGAAACGCCAGAGGGAGAGACAGGAGGAGGAGAAAAAGCAGCGGGAGAGACAGGAGGAGGAGAAACAACGGAGGGAGUGGCAGGAGAAACAACGGAGGGAGUGGGAGAGGAAGGAGGAGGAGAAACGACAGUGGGAGAGGCAGGAGGAGGAGAGGAGGAGACUGCAGCUGCAGCAGAAGAGGAGGGAGGAGCAGGAGGCCAACGCUAAAGGCAGAAGAGAGCAGACGGCCAUGGACAACCUGGAGAGACUGCUGGCAGGCGACUCCUCGCCGCCCCCCGCCCUCCCUCGCCUCUCAAGCCCCCCCGCCCCGUCUGCGUCAGUCACCCAGGCCUCGCCCCCUUACCCCUGGCUGAGUCGCGGCGGGGUACCCCCCUGUCCUCCGUCGGCCCCGGCACCCAGCGCCGUCACCGCCGCCCCCGCCAGUACCCCCCUGGAACGACUGCGACCGCCCCCCCUCACCCCCCAGACGGAGUACGCCAGAGAGAAGCAGCGGCAGAGAGAGCUGUGGGGCCACAGCCCCCCCACGCUGCACCACGCACCGGGGUUGACCCAGUCCCCCUUCCCCCCGACGCUCGGCUCCCCCAAAGACCCUUUGAGGGGCCCGCAGCCCCCCAGAUCCCACCCGGGGCCACUCCCCUCCCUGCCCACCCUUACGCUGGGCGAGCCCCCCAAGCUGUACCAGGCCUUCCCCAGGGAGGGGCCGCCGCCCUCGGCCCCCGGGGGGCUGCUCCUCCGGCCCCUGGACGAGGACUCUGACGGCGGGCCCUUCGAGGAGGAGCCGUCGGAGCUGUCCACGCUGCUCCCCGACGGCCUGGCCAACAUCAUGGCCAUGCUGGACGAGUCCAUCCAGAAGGAAGAGGCCCUGUGCGUCGGCGGCCGGCCCCCCGGCGGCGACCCGGCGGCGGCGGCUGUGGUGGGUGGCCCGGGCUACCUCUGCGCCCCGGACCUCAUCCCGGCGCCCAAGCACCCGGCCAACCAGGAGGAGUUCGCCAGCCCCCCCGUGCUGAGCCGGCAGGGCUCGCUGGCCUCCCCCUGCAGCCGCACCUCCUCCUUCAACGAGGAGGACGAGGAGGGCCCCAAGGCGGCCCCCGGCGCCGGGCCCCAGCUCUUCCAGCGGCCCCGCGUGGGGCCGGGCCCCGAGGAGAACACCAACUACCGGCACAGCGACCUGGCCAAGCUGUACGGCCUCCCCGAGCUCAGCAAGAGCGAGGCGGACGAGGAGGAGGACGAGGAGGAGUCGGAGACGCCCUCCUGCUCCCCGCCGCCGCCCCAGAGGCCCCACCUCCACCAGACGGGCGUCAGCAGCAUGUUCAAGUCCCUGGCCACCGUCAAGGAGAGCCAGAGGUACGCGUACCGCGGCGGGCCCUUCGGCAGGCCGCCGCCCUCCGCCCUGCUCGGGGUCAAGUACUCGUCGUCGCUGUCGCUCGGGCCCCACAUCCACCGGCAGCAGAAGGAGGGCAGCUCCCCCACCUCGGACCCCAGCCACCCGGGGUUCAGCCCCCCCGUGGCCCCCGACCCCAAGACCUCCCCGUAUCCCCUGGCGGAGAGCAAGGCGGCGAUGGCCGACGUUCGGAGGGAGGCGACGGACCAGAGGACGGCGUUCGUCCCCUCCACCGUGGAGCCGGCGGACAUCAAGGAGGAGGCGAUGGAGAAGCUCACCACCAUCUCCGAGACCUCCCUGGCGGAGCUGGGCCGGAGCUGUGACGUCCUCAUCGGUCGGCACGCCGACAAGAGGAGCUCCCCCGAGCGCCACAUCAAGCUGGAGGAGAGGGGACACGCGUCGCACGGGAAGGAGAAGGAGCGCGAGAGGACCAAGGACAAGAGCCGAGAGCGGGCGAGGGAGAGGGACGGGGAGACGAAGAGGAAGCACAGCCACAGCAAGAACCACGAGGAGCGCAAGGAGAGGAAGAAGCAGGAGCGGGAGAAGAGGGCCGACAUGGCCUUCUUCUCCUCCUCCUCCUCCCCCGCCCUGUCCUCCCACUCCGGCUCCGGCCACCGCAAGCGCCACAAGGAGGGCAAGAGCCACAAGGAGAAGGACCGGCGGAUCCUCGGAGACCUGGACCUCCAGAGCAAGGAGCAGCGCGAGAAGAACCGCUCGCACGACAAGAAGAAGCAACGCAAGGACACGACGGCCGGCUCCGCCAGCGAGGGGGAGCCCGGCGAGUGGACGUCCAGGGGCGAGGCGCCCUCCUCCUCUUCCUCCUCGUCGCCAAGCCGCCUGGACCCCGAGGCGGAGACGACGGCGGUGGCGGGCGCCGACGACUUCCUGAAGCUGAAGGCGCUCUCGGACGGGCCGCCCAAGGAGCUGAAAAUCCGGCUGAUCAAGGUGGAGAGCGGCGACCGGGAGACCUUCAUCGCCUCGGAGGUGGAGGAGAAGAGGAUCCCGCUGGAGGAGAUCACCAUUAGGAACAAGGCGGGGGAGAUCAUCAGGGCCUGCAAGGGAUCCAGGGUCAAGGGGAAGUUCAGAGAGUCCUACUUGCUUCCGGCCUUCUCCGUGAAGCCCCCCACCAUGACCUCGGAGGUGCCCCUCCCCAGGGAGAAGCUCUACCCCCCGACGCCCAGCAUUUAUCUGGAGAGCAAGAGGGACGCCUUCUCCCCGGUGCUGCUGCAGUUCUGCACCGACCCCAAGAACCCUGUGACGGUCAUCAGAGGCCUGGCUGGAUCGCUUAGACUCAACCUGGGCCUGUUCUCCACCAAGUCCCUGGUGGACGCCAACGCGGAGCAGGCGGUGGAGGUCCGCACCCAGGUGCAGCAGCCCGCCGACGAGAACUGGGACCCCAGCGGCACGGGCCAGACCUGGCCCUGCGAGAGCAGCCGCUCCCACACCACCAUCGCCAAGUACGCCCAGUACCAGGCCUCCAGCUUCCAGGAGAGCCUGCAGGAGGAGAAAGGAAGUGAAGAGGAGGACGAAGAAGAGGGUGACAAGAAGGAGAAGAAGCCAUUGAGUUGUCUUGACACCCCCAGCAAGGAUCCACCUAAAGAAGCUGGCAGCAGUGGUGAGCAGAAGCCAGUGGGGAAGAUCAUUAAAUUCGGCACUAACAUCGACCUCUCGGACCCCAAACGGUGGAAGUCCCAGCUGCAGGAGCUGCAGAAGCUGCCCGCCUUCAUGCGCGUGGCGUCCAGCGGUAACAUGCUGAGCCACGUGGGCCACACCAUCCUGGGCAUGAACACCGUGCAGCUCUACAUGAAGGUCCCGGGCAGCCGCACCCCAGGUCACCAGGAGAACAACAACUUCUGCUCGGUCAACGUCAACAUCGGCCCGGGGGACUGCGAGUGGUUCUCUGUGCACGAGAACUACUGGCACGCCAUCAGCGACUUCUGUGAGAAGCACGGCGUGGACUACCUGACGGGGUCCUGGUGGCCAGUGCUGGAAGACCUCUACAAGGCCAACAUCCCCGUGUACCGCUUCAUCCAGCGGCCCGGGGACCUGGUGUGGAUCAACGCCGGCACGGUGCACUGGGUCCAGGCCGUGGGCUGGUGCAACAACAUCGCCUGGAACGUGGGUCCUCUCAAUGCAUACCAGUACCAGCUGGCUCUGGAGCGGUUUGAGUGGAACGAGGUGAAGAAGGUGAAGUCCAUCGUCCCCAUGAUCCAUGUGUCCUGGAACGUGGCGCGCACCGUCAAGGUCACCGACCCCGACACCUUCAAGAUGCUCAAGCACUGUCUCCUGCAGUCCAUGAAACACAUCCAGGUGCUGAGAGACCAGCUGGUGGCCGGGGGCAAGAAGAUCUCCUACCAGAGCCGCGUCAAGGACGAGCCCGCCUACUACUGCAACGAGUGUGACGUGGAGGUGUUUGACCUGCUGUUCGUGACCAGCGAGAGCAGCAGCAGGAAGACGUACGUGGUGCACUGUGAGGACUGCGCCCGCCACCGCAGCCCCAGCCUGGCCAAUGUGGUGGUGCUGGAGCAGUACCGCAUCGACGAGCUCAUGACCGCCUACGACUCCUUCAACCUGUCGUCCGUGUCUGGCUCCCGGUGACAGCCCUCCACCUCCACCUCUCAGUCAUAACCAAAACUCCUGCCAGCCGGGACAAAACACAGCAUUUCACUUUGCAACUGUCAUUAUAAAAAAAAUAAAUCAAACCUUUUUUUCUUUUUUACUACUGCUAAUACUUGCCGAACAGCCAACGGAAAAUUCCAGUUUACAUAGCAUUCAAAUACCGCCAAUCAAAAAAACGCCAGUUUACUCUCAGAAGGUGCACUCCGCCAGCCAGUUGCCCUGGCAACGAUGAACUUGACGACCACGGUGCAGUCAGUGCUGCCAUUGAACAAACGACAAAGGAGCGGUCUGACGGCAUGUUUUAAUUGUUUUUUUUUACCGUGUUGAAUACUGAAUUUUGUACAUGCUGUUUGCGAUUAUCGUGGAGUGCUUUUAUGAGAAAAAAAUAAUUUAUUGUGUUGAGUUUUUUUCUAAACUAGAUCAGCCUAGAUAUAUACCACAUUGGCCUUGUCACUUGUAUUUAGAAAAAUACUAAGAAUAGAGAUAUGAACAUUUUCUAAAGCAUUAAGAAUAUGAGAAAAAAACGGUUUGGAAUGCUUCAAAACAUACGGGUUGCAUAGACUUUGGUUUUUUUCGGGACUUCAUCUUGAAUUUUUUUUUUGUCAUUCAGAAUCGUGAUGUGUGAAUCUUGUUUUUAUUAUGACAUUCUACAUAUUUUAUUUCCUUGUUGAGAGUUAAUAUUGACCAUCAGGUUGUAAUUGUCUAAAAGCGAUCGUCAUCCAGUGGGCUUUGUUUGUGUGUCUAUAUCAUAACUGUCGAAUGUUUCCCCUUACAUUGUACAUGUCUCUGUUCCUCUUUCCUUUAUUUAAAAGUGUUUCUCUUCUAUUUAUUGGACAUUGGUUUUCUCCAUAGGAUCGUUCAUCAAAAGGUGCUAAGUGUCCCCUUUGUGUCUGUUUGGUAUAAAGUGUGGACUAAAGAAAUAUGAGGUCGGGCGAGGGACUACUGUUUACCUGGUGCUUGGCUCUCUCCCCCCUCCAUCUUUAUCUUGGACAUAACACCACGUUUCCCCUGUAGCUCACAUAGACGAUACUACUAACAGAACGCUGUCAUUGUGUGUGUGUGUGUGUGUGUGUUUAUUAGAGAUGAGAAACAGUUAUUUUGUUUAUCGUGUUUUCAUUUCUCUUCUGGGUUUAUGAUUUUUUUUAUUCCAUAGGGGGCAGGGUACUUAUUAAGAUGAGAUUUUAAUGAUAUUAUCUGUUGAAUACUAUGGGAUAGAUGGUGCUAAAUGUUCUUUUUGAACACAUUUUUUUUGUUUUUCCUUGUUCGUUAUCUUUUUAAAUGAGAUUUCUAUUUUUCCUGUUGCAAUACACCUUCCCCCUCUAUUUCCCUUUGUGGUCGAUUAUUUAAAACUGCACUGUUUAGAGAAUUUACACACCAACACUUGCAUACACACACACACACCAAACUGAGCCAGACAUGUCUUAAAACACUUUGUGAACUUGUGUGACAUUACUAUGAAUAUUAAUAAACGCUUUUUGAUAAACUCAAA